UAAUCUUCUACAUCCAUGCACUAUUUUAAUUAUGCAAUAAGAAGCUACUUUUUAUGUCUUUAUCUUAAUACAUGGUUUUAUUUAAAAAAAAAGGAGCUUUACACACACAAUCUUAUCAGAACUAAUGAUAAUGACCUCUAUUGUUAUACAUUUAUGUAGUCUUGAUUUGGGUGUGUACAGUGGUUUUACAUUUAAAAGGAUUGUAAAUCUAGUCCAAGUAAGUUUUAGCACGCCAUAUUCAACUUUAAUCAGGUAAAUUCACAACAACAAAAAUGUGGCUAUUAAAAAUGCUGUGUGGUUAGUAACUUUGGAAAAUCAGUUUGCUAGUGAGCAAAAAAGUUAAUGUCAAGCCCUGUUUACAACCCUAUUGGCAAAAAAUGUUUAAUUGUUAAUUUAAUAAUUAAGACACAUUCUAUUCGACAAUAAUUGUUUUGUUAUUGCUUUUAAAAUAAAAAAAUAAUAAGAUGGCAUAAGGGACAUAUACAGUACUAUCUAAAAAAAGCUCAUUAUUUAACAUUUACAUUAUUAACAUGUUGUGAUAACUAUCUAUAUGUCUCUAACAGGGUGGAAUAUUUUCAUGGCCAAUGUCUGAACAAUCUAAACAUAAUUAUAAUUGUUUGAGUCCCCGAGCUUUACCAAUAUCCAUUCCUAAUAGUUAAACAUCUCUUUAUUUUGGUAGAAUGCAAAAAAAACAACAACAUUAAAAUCAUGUAACUUUUUUUCCAACAUUUAAGAAGCCAAAAUGUUACCGCAUACCAAGAAUGUCCCAGUAUUAUUAAUAUUACAGGUCAGUAGAAGUGGUUAACACUCUUCUUCUAAAAGAGAUAAGUGAUUCCAGUCACAUAUUAUUGAAGUAGAGGGUUCUGCUCCCUGUCAGUGGAAACACGAGCAGGUUCAGAAUGAUUGGCACUCUUGGCUGAGCGGUAUCAGAGUUUGGAUUUAUUUUUCUUUCUCUUAAUUAUUCUCUUCUUAAGCAUUUCAGAGUGUCCAAAACACACUGAAAAACUCCUGGUGAAGAAGCCGAGAUCCACGUGACACUAUUAUAAAGAUGGCAUUUAUUAAAGAGGAGAUUGAAGACGUGAAGAUUGAUGAAACAUUCAGAGUCAAACAAGAAGAUACUGAGACACAAACAGACCUGAUGCCACUGAAAGAGGAAAUUGAAGAACUGAAUGAAAUGCAAGAUACAGAUCAGUAUAAGAAACAUAAUGGUUUCUUAACUGGACAAAAGUCAUUUAGUUGCUCACAGAUUGAAAAGGCGUACUCACAAAAAAUAGCCCAAAAGACUGGAUCUAGAGGUAAUUUCACCUGCAAACAGUGUGGAAACAAUUUCAGUCGAAAUGGAAGCCUUAAAAGGCACAUGAGAAUUCAUACUCGAGAGAAACCUUACACCUGCAAACUGUGUGAAAGUAGUUUCAUUCGAAAAGAAAGCCUUAUAAACCACAUGAGAAUUCACACUGGAGAGAAGCCUUUCACCUGCCAACAGUGUGGGAAAAGUUUCACUCAAAAAGGAAACCUUAGAGUCCACAAGAUGAUUCACAUUGGAGAGAAGCCUUUCAUCUGCCAACAGUGUGGAAAAGGUUUUACUCAGCAAGGAAACCUUAGAGUCCACAAGAUGAUUCAUGAUGGAGAGAAGCCUUACACUUGCCAGCAAUGUGGAAAACAGUUCAUUGAACACAGAAACCUUAAAGUCCACAUGAUGAUUCACACUGGAGAGAAGCCUUUCACUUGCCAACAGUGUGGAAAAUGUUUCAGUGUAAAAGGAACACUUAAAUGCCAUAUGAGCAUCCACACUGGUGAGAAACCUUACACCUGCCCUCAGUGUGGAACCAGUUUUACUCAGCGAGGAAGCUUUAACAGGCACAUAAAUCGUCACCGAGAGAAACCUUACACCUGCAAACUGUGUGGAAAAAGCUUUUCAAAAAAACUAAAUCUAAAGCAUCACAUGAACAGUCAUACUGCUGAGAAGAUAUUUAUAUGUGAUCAGGAAAAAGCAUCAGAUAUAAAGUAACCCUUAAUAAGCACACAUGGACUCACUCAGGAAAACUGUUUAGAGAUAAGCCUUUCAUGUGACAUAACUGGCUAUGUUUACAUGCAACCAAAUAAUCCGUUUGUAAUCAGAUUGAUGGCUCAAUCGGACUGAAAAUCCUUCAUGUAAACCCCUUAAUCGAUCUGAUUGAGCUUGAUCAGAAUUAAAUUUCGAUCGUAUUGAAGGGGGUGGUUUAUUCUUUUUCUAAUACGAUAGAGAGUGCAUGUAAACAUUCAAUCGGAUUGAACUCCGAAAGCACACCUUAAGGUUUACAUGGGAAUUCACAUUGAGAACAGACUUUUACAUAUCAAAGAGUCCUAAAACAGUAUUUGUAAAUUCAUUCUGGAAAGACUCUUUAUUCUAUCACUAUUCUUCAGUGAUAGGAGGUAAAAUGGGAUAAAAAAAACUCACCAUUCACUCUGGAGUAAGAUGGUUUAAUUAUGAUCAGUGUAGUAAUAAUUUAUUUAGCCAUCAUAUUUAGAAAUAGACCUAAAAUAUCAUGUGCAAGACCCUAUUUUUGUUUUUGUGUGUGUGUAAAGAGUUUUAAAUGGUUUUGGACAGACAAAAUAGAAACCGUAAAACAGUGAUCUGUUAUGUUAUAACCUCUCUGUUGUAAUUGGUCUUGCUUUUAGUUAGUUUGUCCUUUGCUUUGUCUUAUGUUCUCAUCAUUAAUUUGUUGCUAUGGUUUUUAAUUAUGUUUUGCACCUGUUUCUAGUCUAACCCUUGUGUAUGGUUCAAAUUAAUAACCCUUUCAUUAUGUUCGGGAUGAAAACAUUCACUAAAUUAAACUGCUGUUAAAAUGUA